GGAGGAGGCGGUAGCGGGGGAGGGGGGGCCGGGGCAGAUCUGAUUGUUUUCUUGGUGGUAUAUAAGGGGUUUUAAGGAGAGUCGUGUGCCAGACACGCAGCCACUGAACCACAAGCAGCUUCGCUUUAACUGGAGUGCCUGGGAGUCGCGUGCCAGGAGCCGCACGGCCAGGGACUGACUGACAGACAGACACGCACCACCACCACAACACACGAGACCCGGGCGGGCCGCCGCCGCCGCCGCCGGGGCUCUUGGCAAACUCUCCGGUCGCCGAGGUCCCCUGCGGAGCUGCGCCACGGUAGCGCCCGCCUUGCAGCUUUCGCGCCCGGCGAAGGACGUGGCGCUGCGCUCGCGGCUGCGCGGAGAUUCCGGGCACAAGCCAAAGUCACAGCAACGCCGAGGCACAGUUAGAGUCAACUAAGUAAGUAUUCGAGCCACGCUUCCAACUUCGCAGGUGGUUUCCCGCGCCUGAUCAGUCCAACCACGCCCGCACGCCCUCUGCUCCGAGCAGAAUGUUUUUCCCCGAGAUCGCGGUGUCCCUUCUCGAGGAGGGAACGCAGCAGUCAGGACCGCCCGCAGAGGGCAGGACCCGGCUGACUGGCGGCAGGGUCACAAGGAGCGCAAGCGGAGCUCCUGACCUUGGCUAGCAGUGCCUGGGUUUCUUCCCCGCCUUCCACCUCCGCGCCACUCCUAGCCGGUCUUCUCGGGUGCGCGCCGCAGCACGCCCCGCCAACCAGAAGAUCGCGCCUCUGUUUUCUUCCUUACACCUCACUGCCUUUUCCUCCUUCCCCUCUCUCUUCGGUAGGAUGUUCGUCAAAUCCGAGACACUGGAGUUGAAGGAGGAAGAGGACGUGUUGGUGCUGCUCGGCUCGGCAUCCCCCACCUCGGCGGCUCUGACCCCGCUGUCCUCCAGCGCCGACGAAGAAGAGGAGGAAGAGCUGGGCGCAUCCGGCGGGGCGCGUCCGCAGCGCGGGGCUGAGGCCGGCCAGGGGGAGCGGGGCGGCCUGGCGGCGGCUGCCGAGGCCUGCCGACCCUCAAGGCUGCUGGGUCUCGUGCACGAGUGCAAACGGCGCCCCUCCCGGGCGCGGGCAGUCUCUAGGGGCGCCAAGACCGCCGAGACAGUGCAGCGCAUCAAGAAGACCCGGAGACUGAAGGCCAAUAACCGCGAGCGAAACCGCAUGCACAACCUCAACGCGGCUCUGGACGCGCUGCGCGAGGUGCUCCCCACGUUCCCCGAGGACGCCAAGCUCACCAAGAUCGAGACCCUGCGCUUUGCCCACAACUACAUCUGGGCGCUCACCGAGACACUGCGCCUGGCGGAUCACUGCGGGGGCGGCGGCGGGGGCCUGCCGGGGGCGCUCUUUUCCGAGGCGGUGUUGCUGAGCCCGGGAGGCGCCAGCGCCGCCCUAAGCAGCAGUGGAGACAGCCCCUCGCCCGCCUCCACGUGGAGUUGCACCAACAGCCCCGCGCCGUCCUCCUCCGCGUCCUCCAACUCCACCUCCCCCUACAGCUGCACUUUAUCGCCUGCCAGCCCCGCCGGGUCAGACAUGGACUAUUGGCAGCCCCCACCUCCCGACAAGCACCGCUAUGCACCUCACCUUCCCAUAGCCAGGGAUUGUAUCUAGAGCUGCCAUCUCUGCUAACCACGCCAGGCCUUAGUGGGUCCCCUUUCCUGUCCCCAGCCGAGCCCUCCUCCCUUCCCCUGCCCCGCCUUUCCAAGCCCUGGAAACCAUCUCACUUCGAAGGGCAGGUGUAGCCGUUCUGAUUCCUUGCUUGUUUCUUGCAUUUCCUGGCUUUGGGUCUCAUUCAUUCAGAUGGGCUCUGAUUUAUUGAAGGUGUGACGGAGCUUAUUGUCAAAGUGAAGGGUGCCGUUUUGGAGGCGCUUCUUGAGACGAAAAAGACGCUGGGAAGAGAUGAUGGUGGCAUAUCGAAAGAGUUUGCAGAGCGGACUGACGCUCCUCCCCUUUCUCUGUAACGCCGGAGGACUUGGAGCAGUUCGUGUGAAUCUCGCGGGGGGAAUGCAACUGGUUCCUGUGAUCUCUUCACCUUUGCUUCUACAUAGAGAUGUUAAUGUCGAGUAGAAAGAAAUGUAUCUUAGCAUCUGAAUGAUUUUACUGGUAAUAAUAUUAUCCACAGAUUUGCAAUGGCUGGCAUCUGCUUUAUUCCCAUUGCUGUCUGCAGGCUGUGGGAAUUUCACCUGUCAAACCAAACUUUCCCUCUCUGAUGUGCACUUUGUUCUGUUUCCCAGAUUCGUCACAAUGCCUAUUGUCCUGUCCUUCUCUUUCCUCUUUCUUCCCCAUUUUGCCAUCUGUCUCUUAUGAUUUAUAAGGGGAAAAAAACUUGUUUUGUUAGAGGGGCAGGUUAGAAGUCAUUGUAUAAUUUGUAGGCUUUGUAAUGAUUGAAUGCAAGCGUGGAAAUUUAGGCUGAACUCUCUAUCAAAAGGAAAAAUGUGGAGGAAAAGGGAAAAAUCAGGAGGGAGGAUUGCUUCAUGCAUUAUUUAUCUCGACCUUUUAGGGGAGAAGGAACUCCCCCAUUCUUUAGAGAGAUUAAAAAUAAAUCAACAGUCUGAAAACCUAAGCAGACACGGAGCAUUAUCGGGAUCAGCCACACACGUGUUCCCUUCUAUUUAUUAUAAAUAAAAUUUUCAUGGGAAAAUAUGUAUUUUUUUGUAUAUUCUACAGAGUUUAUUCUAGUAUGUUUUACGUCUUGAAGAACAAGAAAGUUGUUCUUGUGAUUAAACUAUAAAUAAAGUAUCUAAUUUUCAUAA